UUGUUUGUUUCCAGAUGCUUCGUUGCAUUCAGUGGAUGUAGCGUUAUGGUGUAUUUAUGUGCUAAUGAAACUCAGAUCCUCCCGUUGGUAGAUAUGUUUAAGAGAUUGUGUUGGUAGUUCAAGGAAACCAGAAGUAGCUUGUUUUGGCACUUUUUAAAGAGGUAGUGAAGGGAAGUAUUUGUGCACUGCAGACGAGCAAGCAAACAAACAGCCACACUUAAACAAAGAGCAGACUGGUGUUGGUUGAAGACGUCAAAAAGCUUGUCCUCAAUGUAGGGCUAACUGAUGGCCACACAGUUCAUCAGUUCAUGUUGGGAUUCACGACAGCUGCACUGUUAACUGCAGAUCUGAUCUAGAGACAUAAGUUGCUUUGAGGGGACCGUUCAAAAAUGUGGACGAGUACAUUUGCACGUUUUACCCUGCCAGCUCUGCAGAGGAGCACCUGUGCCACGGCCUGUCGUGCUCUGCAGGCUUGUCGUAGACCAGGACAGGCUGCGGGUCCAGGGGGCUCUUGUCUGAUGUCGGUGAAGCUUCGUGGGCAGCACACACUGGGGUCGGCCUCCAUCCCUCUGUCCCACCAGUCAGUGAGGAACGUCCGGGCUCUGGAUGAGGAGAGGAUGAUGGAGGUGGAGUGGGAGGCUGGAGGCCACAGUCUGUACCCAUUCACCUGGCUGAGAGACAACUGCCAGUGUCCACUGUGUACCCUGGAGUCAGCUCAGGCACGGAAACUGUUGAUGUCUGACCUUGAUGUUAACACGGGAGUCAGCGUCGUGGAGGUCACCAAUGACAAGGUGUCCAUUGUGUGGCCCGACCAGCACACCAGUGUGUUUGAUGCACAGUGGCUGAAGAAACGCUGUUUCUCUCCUGCUGCCAGACAAGCACUGCAAGAACAGCUUUUCCUCAACGAGCGUUAUUACUGGGACUCCAAGCUGCGCAUUCCCACAGCUGACUACCAAGAAGUCCUCCAUGAUGACAAGGCCGCCCUCGCCUGGCUCUUGGCCCUGCGUCGCGUUGGCAUCGUCUACCUGAAGGGGGCUCCAGCAGAACAAGGCCAAGUGGCCAGACUCGCCGAGAGGAUCGGUUAUCUCCGGCUCACAUUCUACGGGCACACAUGGCAGGUUCAGGACAAAUACAUGGCAAACAAUGUAGCUUACACAUCAGGAAGGCUGAGCGCCCAUACAGACUAUCCUGCAUUACACUUUGCACCUGGAGUGCAGUUUCUGCACUGCAUCAACCAGGCUGUGGAGGGAGGGGAGAGCGAGGUGGUGGACGGCUUCCACAUGGCCGAGCAGCUGCAGAGCGAGGACCCCGAGGCCUUCGAGACCCUCGCCUCGCUCCGCGUCGACUUCACCGACACGGGAAGGGACUACUGCGACUUCAUGCUGCAGUCCAAGAAGUGCAUCAUCGACGUUGACGCCGAAGGCCGAGUCGCGAGGAUAAACUACAACAACGCCACCAGAGAUUCGGUGCUGGACCUCCCCUUACAUCAGGUCCAGCCCUUCUACAGAGCACUGAGGGCCUACGUGGAUAUCAUGAACCGACCAGAGAACGUGGUCACCUACAGAAUGGAGCCAGGCGACAUGGUGACCUUUGAUAACUGGCGUCUGCUGCACGGGCGGAGGAGCUACGUUAGCAGGCCAGAUAAGGUGCGACACCUGGAGGGCGCCUACCUGGACUGGGAUGAAGUCAUGUCUCGCCUCAGGAUACUCCGCAAGUCGGUCCACGAGGAAGAACGAGCUUCGUAAAGAGCCAAAUUUAAACAGGUAACGAUGAUGGACUUCAUGUUCCUCACCGAGAUGGCAGAGGGCCAAGUGCAAAGAUGCUGAAAUAUCUCAACAAUAAGUCAGGAGCUAAAUCUCCGUCUCUGAAUCGGUCCAGCGUUGACUGAAACAAUUUGAUUAGAAUAAAAUCUGCAGUUUCGUGAAGAGCAGUUGAAACAUGAGGCGCAGAGCAACAUUUCAAUGCAAAGAUUCCGAAAAACCUCUUGCUUUCAGAUUGAAAAGGUGCCUUUGGAUCAGUCACUGUGAUUCAACAGCUUUUUGGAUGCUUAGAUUUUAAAGGCUUUAUACAUUGUGUUGCAGCACUGCACAUUACGACCGAUACUGUGUGAUGUCUUUUGGUGUAAGUUGAUCAUUCGUUCUUUAUUGUUCUUCUUUGUUCGACGACAGUAAGUCACGAGUCUUAAAUUUCUAUUUAUUGUUCACCGUGUGUGGAGAGUCAUGAAUGAGGGAGAGAUUUCAGACUUCAGAGUAUCUUUCUACCUCCAUGUUUGAAUCCUGUGCCUGCACAAAGAAACUUAUAUCUUUGACUUUCCCUUUAGUUGCACAAAAUUGCCUCGAGCCACAGUACAUUCGUCGCACUAGAAGUCACAGUAUAAACUGGAAUUUGUACCUUGAGCUGACAAUUUCCAAGAUGUGUUCUAACCGUUGCUGUCCACUGAAACUCGUGUAUUUCCAAAUUUUGUGCUUUUAAAUUGUUUUUUUAUAAAAACUGAAGGAUUAAGUGCUUCAUUUAGAAAAUCCAUCUGCUCCUUAAGAUAAGGAAACCAUGUAAAAACAUGUUGAAUUAGCUGAAGGAUCGUCACAAGGCUGAACACUGGCCUUAUACUUUGGAGACGUAUGGUUUUUGGAGGAAGAGACAACAUGAUUUUUGUUAAUGUUAAAACAACUGAAAAAAAAAUCCCCUUGUAAAAACUUAACAGCAACUUUAUAGAAACAAUGUCCCGUUUAUCUGGAUAAUUCAGGUUUUUUGUUUAACCAAAGAAAUAAUUACUGUGAAAAUUAUUGAAAGGUUUCACGAGCAUGAAACAUCCGUAUCUAUCUGCAUGGAUACCAGGGUCGUCUGAUAAAACAUAUUUUUGUAAUAAAGGUAGACUGAUGCUUCAAAUACCCGUCGACUGUUUCUGUGAUGUUAUUAAACAGCACAAUGUGCACAGGUUUAAAUGGG